AUGCCUGAAGCUGAAGUUCUUUACUCUGAUAUUAAGUUCAAAAGAGCGAGGGGAAACACAGACGUGGCCACACCCUCUACAGAUGAACCCACUUAUUCUGAAGUCAAGAUCUCAAAAGCUCAGCGACCUGCAGAGCUGCCUGCAUCAAGCAGGCGAUCGGGGGUCACAUCGGAGCGAGUGGCCCUGCUGGUCCUCAGUGUUCUCCUGGCAGCUGCCCUCACAGCUCUUGGUGUAACCCAUGAAACAUGUCCGAGGUGUGAGGACGGCUGGGAGCCACAUGGAGGAAAGUGCUACUUCUUCUCCUCGGUUACUUUAACCUGGAAUAAGAGUAGAACACAAUGCACAUCAAUGAGUGGAGACCUGGUUGUGAUAAACAACAGAGAGGAGCAGAGAUUCCUGCAGUCUAGAGUGAGAGGAAAAAUGAAAACUGAUGAGGACGUAUUCUGGAUCGGACUGACAGACUCAAAGAAAGAGGAUGAAUGGCUUUGGGUGGACAACACAGGACUGGAUACAAGUUUGAAGUUUUGGCGUGAGGGCGAGCCAGACAACUGGGCAUGGGAUACUCCUGAUGGACAGGACUGUGUGAGGAUGGGGGAGAAAGACGGAGCCACGAACCUGAAGUCCUGGGACGAUAAAUACUGCAAAUGGCCUCAAAAAUAUAUUUGUGAGAAACCAGAUAAAGCAUGAGCCUGAAAUCCAGUUGGAUCAGAUUGAGCUCGAGUCUUCAGCCACUUUCACAAACUGAGACUUGAUGCUUUAUUAAUGAAGAUCUUCUCCAGACAUAAACAACUUUGAAUUAUAUCUAGAGUCUCAUAUGUUCUUCAGUUUCCUUGUUAUUUUAAAGUGACGUCUA